UUCUUGACAGUUCAGGAGUUCAACAAAAAUUUUAUUUAACAUUUUACUACUACUAAGAAAGCUGUUGGUAAUGACAUCAGUGAACAUAGCAUGAAUUUUCUACUUGCUCCUCAGAGAAGCAGCACAGCACAGCACGAGGUAGUAGAAAUUUAUUACUGACACUGAAAUCUUCAGGGAUUAAGGAAAGCUACAAAUCUUAUUUUUCCAGCAAAUUCCAUAACAGCCAAUCCAAAGAGGUCUCUAGUAUCCUUAAAAAACAAUGCACAAUAUCUGUAGAAUAAAGAGGUGAAGUGAUAUUACAAGGAGAUACAGUUAUAACCAUUAAUGUAAUGUGAUUUCAUCCUUACAGAGGCCCCUAAAAUGUCAGAUCUGGACUACCUCACACGUUCUAGAAAAGAUGAGUAGGCUGUAUGACCUUAUAAUGGCACACACACAACCUGCCCUAUCCGCCCAUAUCCUUCCCUUUCCCUCCCUUUUUUUAGCCCAAACCCUCCGAACAUGGGUCUCAGUCGGUCCCCUUAAACCACACUGGCGGGAAUACCCUAGGCUAAGCAAACAUCCCCUCAGGACUUCAUGGCAAAGCCCUUUCAACCAAAGAAAGGACCACGACUGGGGAGACAGAUAACAAGAGAGCAAUGUCGCAAGGUUGGGGAAGAAAACUCAGAGUUUGCGACCGUAGCUCUCGCUUUCCGGCCAAUACAGAGGUGCCUGAAGGCUGGUUGUGGUGGUGAGGCCUGAGGCAGCUUCUGGAAUUUCUCAGCAACCCUGAUCAGUACAAGAUGGACCCUGUAGUCUUGAGUUACAUGGACAGUCUACUGCGGCAAUCAGAUGUCUCACUAUUGGAUCCACCAAACUGGCUUAAUGACCAUAUUAUUGGAUUUGCCUUUGAGUACUUUGCCAACAGUCAGUUUCGUGACUGUUCUGACCAUGUCUGCUUCAUCAGCCCUGAAGUCACCCAGUUCAUCAAGUGCACUAGCAACCCAGCAGAGAUCGCCAUGUUCCUUGAGCCUCUGGACCUCCCCCACAAGAGAGUUAUAUUUUUAGCCAUCAAUGAUAACUCCAACCAUGCAGCUGGGGGAACCCACUGGAGUUUGUUGGUUUAUCUCCAAGAUAAAAAUAGCUUUUGUCAUUAUGAUUCCCAUAGUAGGAGCAACUCAGUCCACGCAAAGCAGGUAGCAGAGAAACUGGAGGUUUUCUUAGGCAGAGAAGGAGACAAACUGGUCUUUGUGGAAGAGAGAGCCCCUGCUCAACAAAACAGCUAUGACUGUGGGAUGUACGUGAUAUGUAACACUGAGGCCUUGUGUCACAACUUCUUUAGGCAGCAGACAGAAUCACUGCUGCAGCUACUUACCCCUCCAUACAUCACAAAGAAGAGGGAAGAAUGGAAAGACCUCAUUGACAGACUUGCUAAAAAUUAGCUGUUGAAAUAUAUUUGUGACUUUUGAAGUCUCCUCUUUCUGCCCUUCCCCAUUUGUUGAUAACUGCAAUCUCAGUGCCUGAGGGAAGAUGCCUAGUAGAGGAAAGCUUAAUAUUCUUACUUUUUCCUGAACAAAUAUUAUCCUCUGCAUUAUCCUAAUGGACAGUUUCACUUUAACCCUGCCUUGAGAGCAAUAUCGUCUGUGAAAAUGUCUUGAAAUUAUACACCAAAACCUUAUAACCAACUUAUGUGAACAUUCAUUACAAACAAGGUUCCAGUAAGACUUUUCUUAUUGGUAUGAAAUCAGUUUCCUUUUGGUCUCCCUUAUCCACAUUGGCUUAUGCUAAAGGAAAAGCAGUGCUCUGGAAAACAAAUCAAGAAUAUAUGAAAUCUAGAGGAAUGCAAAGAAGGAAACUAUAGAAUAGAACCAAAGACUUGUUGCAUGGCCUACAUAAUUAAAAAGAUCAACUGGCUGGAAGCAGAUCAAGGCCUAACUUUAUUCAAGACCUAAAUAUUAUGAGAAUCAAUUAUUCAUUUAUUUGUGAUAUUCACCAUGCAAAGGCUUUCCCAGGUAUCUGCAUAAUCUUUGCAAAUAUUUGAUGAGACAACGUUAGCCCAUCUUCCUCCAUCUGGUUCCCAUAGUACUCUAAGAAAGGGGAAAUUUGAGUAAUUUCAUUAAAAUGAAUGGCUGUGGUGGA